GUACCUGCCAAGUACGCUUACCUGUACCUCCCACCCACACUUCUCGCAUCAUCACCUUUCUCUCUUCCUUCCCUUCACAAUAUAUAUAUAAACACACUCUCUCAUUCAUUUUUCAAUUCCUUUUCACUCCUCACUUCUCACCCACCUCAACUCAACAAACACACACUCUCUCUCUCUCCAUAACUUUCUCUCUCUCUAGAUUCUCUCUCUCAUAACAAACCGUCAUGAAGCAGUUGAUUCGCCGUCUAUCAAGAGUUGCUGACUCUUCUUCUACUCAAUACACCCUACUCCGAACAGACACCUCAACUCGUAGGCGACCUAACCUAGGUCGCAGACGAGUUGAAUCGUUCCGUCUCGAAGUACUGGCGAAGAUCCGGAGAUCUCCUUCGGCUGUUGUGCCUGAAGGACAUGUUCCGAUCUACGUCGGUGACGAGAUGGAACGAUUUGUGGUUUGUGCAGAAUUGUUGAAUCAUCCGGUUUUUAUCAAGCUUUUGAAUGAAUCGGCGCAGGAAUAUGGGUAUGAACAGAAAGGUGUGCUUAGGUUGCCGUGUCAUGUAUUGGUUUUUGAGCGCGUGCUUGAAGCUUUGAAACUUGGACUCGACACGCGCCACAUCAAUGAACUUCUCAAUUCCUCGGAAGAAGAAUUCUGCUGAAAAAGAAGAAGAAAAAAGUUUUAAGAGAAAAUUAGGAAAAAGAUGAAUAUGGUAAAUUAGUGAGUUUUUUUUUUUUUUUCUUUCUUACUCUAUGUAAAUAUAAAUCAGGAUCUUGUGAGACAAAGAACAGAAUUUGAGCACAUGAAUGUUAUGGUUAGAGUUUGUUUUUGUGUUCUGUUUUUUUUUGUUUCUUUGUUUCCUUUUCUUAAGGUUGUUGUUGAGUGUAAAGGAGAAGAUAUUAUUAAUCUCUAAUGUUUGCAACCAAGGAAAUAGAAUCAUGAAUCAUAUGUC